ACGUGUGAAACGGCGACGCGCGCAGUCGGUUUCGCGACGGGAUCGGUGGCACUGGUGGCAGUUGGGUUGUGCUGGCGAGCGAGCGCGCGCGCACGACAGACUCCCUCUCCCUCCGUCCUUUCGCCCGGCGAUCAGCCCACACGCCGUCGGACGUCGGACGUCGGACGUCAUUCGGCGAUAGGAAGAGACAGUCAGUGGUAUCGCGGAAUAUACCCGGUUGCGCCCGUCAUGACGGAAGAGGCUCGCAAGGAGGUUCGCGUCUGGUGCGAUGGAUGUUAUGAUAUGGUGCAUUUUGGACAUGCAAAUUCCUUGCGGCAGGCGAAAGCCUUAGGAGACUAUCUGGUGGUGGGUGUUCACAACGAUGAGGAAAUCACAAGACACAAGGGCCCACCCGUCUUCACCGAACAAGAAAGGUACAAAAUGGUGCGCGGUAUUAAAUGGGUGGACGAAGUAGUCGAAGCUGCGCCCUACGUUACUACAUUAGAAACAUUAGACAAAUAUAACUGUGAUUUUUGUGUUCACGGCGAUGAUAUUACUAUGACGGCCGACGGCGUGGACACGUAUCAUUUAGUCAAGGCAGCCGGUCGCUACAGAGAAGUCCAGCGGACAGCUGGCGUCUCAACGACCGAUCUCGUAGGACGUAUGUUGCUGAUGACGCGACAGCACUUUCGGCAGGGUGACAACGAAUACAGCGUCGACAGAGAGCCAAGCAAGAGCAUGGGCCAGGAUCGAACCGCGCGGAGUCCGUGGACCGGCUGCUCGCAAUUUUUACCGACCACGCAGAAAAUCAUACAGUUCAGCGACGGCAAGAGUCCACAACCGGGCGAUAAGAUCGUGUAUGUGGCAGGCGCGUUCGAUCUCUUUCAUGUGGGACACUUGGAUUUCUUGGAAGUUGCCAAGAAGGAAGGAGACUACCUCAUUGUCGGUUUGCAUACCGAUCCCGCUGUUAAUCGAUAUAAAUAUGGCAAUCAUCCUAUUAUGAAUCUUCACGAACGAGUUCUCAGUGUGUUAGCGUGUAAGUAUGUUAAUGAAGUUGUAAUUGGCGCGCCAUAUGCAGUGACAAGAAAUCUGAUGGAACAUUUCAAUGUAUCUAUUGUGUGUCACGGACAAACGCCUAUAAUGCCUUGCGAGGACGGGUCGGAUCCAUAUGCGGAACCCAAGAAGCAAAAUAAAUUUAAAUUAUUAGAUAGCGGCAAUGACAUGACAACAGAAAAGAUCAUUGAAAGGAUCAUUCUUCACAGGUUGGAAUACGAGGAUAGAAAUUUAAGGAAGGAGAAAAAAGAGCUUGCCGCUUACGAAGCCUUCAUCAAGUCUAAGAAAAAUGACAGGAUUGAAUAAUUGUUUGUUUUAUUUCCUUUUCGCGACAUUCGCAAUGCGUAUGUGUGAUGAGAUCAGAUUUUAUAAAGUCAAUGUGUAAAUAUAAUGUCACACACCGACAUUCAAUUUAUCGUUUCGAAAUGCCUUACAUAGUUAAAAUGAAUAUUUAUAAUCGAUCAAUAUAUUAGAAAUAUCGAUUAGUGAAAUAUGAAAAUCCGCGUUAGUUUUAAUUUGUUACAAUAUGAAAAAUGAUGGAUAACGAUGACGAUUGUGAAAUUAGAUAAAAUGUUUUAUAUGCAAGAUGUGCCAGAGCUAUCGUUAUUCUUUCUAAAGAUUUUUUAUCAAUUUGGAAUCUUUUUUUUUUUAAUAAAAAGCAUUUACUUAAAGUAUUUAUUAAUGUUGCAAAUGGAAAUUAUAAUAUCUUUGAUUAUUUAUAGUAAAUUUUCUAAAAAAAGUUACUUGUAGUAAAUUUCUUAAAUAGAACUUGAAAGAGAUUUUGUUAACCAAAUGUGACUCAAUGUAAAAACUCAAAAGUUACUAAUAAUAUAUAAUUAUUUUAGAAUUAUAUAAUUAUUAUUAUGUAAUUGGUAUUAAAAUUAAUUUAAAUAUACGAAUCUCUAUUGGGUAUUAAAUUGCGAAAAAUGGUAGUCGAGUUUGUGUCUUAAGCUGCCGAUUUCUUGAAUUAAAAUGAUAAUUAUUUGUAUGAUGUAAUAAAAUUGACUCUCAAAAUGCAAUUAUUGAUUCGCGCUUCGAGUCUAAUUUUAAUUGAUUUCUUUAAUAGAAACUAAAAUAAUUUGGAUCGAUUUCUAACUACAGACCUGGAACAUAGCUCUGAAACAUCCUACAUAUAUGUCGACAUAUCUCUAAAGGCAAAGAGUUGUCUUAAAGAUAUAUCGCAUGUUAUAAAGCUUUUGAAUGUAGGUAUGCUUAGUAAUUAUUGUUCUCUCAUUUAAACAUUAUGAUGUCGUUACUUGAUUCAAAUGUCGAAAAUAAUCACAACCGUACAAUCAUGUGAGACACGAAGAUCAAAUAUUUUUCAGAUCAAAUUGUUGAAUUUCAACUAUUUUUACUCUCUUUCGUGCGACAAUCUUCGUACCACUUUAUCAUUCUAUCGUUUUCUGUUACAUACGUUGGAGCAUUUGUUCAAUCGGAAUUUCAAUAUUUUUAAGCAAAUUACAAAGAUGAUUUGAGAAUUUUACCGAAAUAAUGACGUGUUCGGUUUUUAAAGUAAAAUCAUUCUUGUUAUGCAAUAUGAGGUGUACGUUUUCUUACGUUCACAAAAUGUUUUGCGCGUUUAAUUUGCGAAAAUACAUUAGAAUACGAGGAUGCAAACAUGAUUCUUCGGUAAUUCUCUAAAGAAUUACAGAAAAAUCGUGUUUGCAUCCUCGUGUUCUAUUUACAGUAGAAUCUCCUUAAUUUUGGCCUUUUAUAAUCUUUGCAUUCCUUCACACGUACAGUCGUGAGCUAAAAGGUUGCAACAUUUUCUUCGAUUGUUUUGGAAAUGUAGAUUUGCUUAUCGAACGGCGAACGUCAUUGGUUCUUACCUGUAGAUCCAACCAAUUAAGCAUCGAACCAUCUAACCAUCGAAGAAAAUGUGGUGCAACCUUUUAGCUCACGAUUGUACUUUCACAAACACUAAUAUCAUACCCUUUUCUUUUAUAGAAUACCUUCACCACAGUACGAGUCUACUUUGCUCGUGCAAGUAUACAGUGAUAAGUAGACUUAUGCUGUGGAGAGGGUAUUCUAUAACUUUGGCAUGCCGCUCUUAUUGCCCUAUAGAGUCGAAGUUAAGGAGACUACUGUAUCCAGGAAUCAUGAAAUAAUCGAGAUUGACAGGUAAAUGAGUCAGCUUGUGAUUCGGUCUAAUUAAUCGGAAGUUCCUAAGCAUUUACAAAUGCCUAUCGUAUGUUUCUUAGCGAUACCGAGAUCUUUAUUAGACGGAGAUACUUACGACCGUACUUUGCGGUUCCGUAAGACAUCCGCCUGGGUAAUUAAUUAACUUUACGACAAGCAUUGUUCAUCGAGCAAAUUACGGAACUACGCGUAAUUUAAGAUGUUAGAUUUUCUAAUGUGAGAUAUUAGAGUAUUGUAUGCCCAAAAAAUAUCAACGGAACCAAAGAACUUGUUAGAUUUACGGCGCACGUCGAAUAGACUGAAUGAAAAAACCGAAUUACCGUUUAUCCCCAAACUUGAACUGUUUGCGUCUAUGGGGAAAUGACAGAGGAAGACACGAUAAUACGUAACAUUCGUUGUCGUACAAUGUUAACGAGGUUCAAAGAUUCUAGAUAAGCUAAUUGGAACAUUCUUCGUUAGAUAUAUAUAUAUAAAUUGCGAGGACCGACUAAACUUCGUCAAACUUUCACCGAAGUAAAGAUCGACAACCAAGUCGACGGAUAAUCUACGACUGAACGAAGAAUCUAGGACAUCCCAUAUAACGCAAACAGGCUCUCUGUCGACCUGAUAACAUAAUGGCAUUGGCGUCGGUAAUCUGAUAGCGACAAUUGAACUAGACUAUGCCGAAAGAAACAAAUUGUAUAGCUUGCGAUUUUCUAUGGAAGAAUCAAGGCACCGAACAAAGAUUGUAAACACGCAGAAGAUUGUUCAACCUUUUAUUUUAUAAUAAAUAGUCAUUAUACGGUCACAUUUACAAUA